AUGUCUGGUGCUCAUAGGGACAUGAGACUGAUAGAUAUUGACUUCGUUCCCGCAGAUUGCGAGGCCAUGGUCGAUCAUCCAGUGGUUGAUGUCGAUACAGACAGGAUGCUGAUAGACAUUGGUUUUGUCCCCGCAGAGCGCAAGGCCACACUCGAUGAUCCAAUCGUUGCCGACUUCCAAUCCACAGCGAAUCCAAGCUGCAAAGAUGUGCCCAUGGCAAACACCAAUGACGACGUCCCGGGACCUGCAACGCGCCAAGCCAACACUAACCAUACCCCCGUCCACCCCGACCGCGACUGCAACGCCGCUCACAUUUCCACGUCGCAACCCCCGACCAAACCAGACCAUCGCCGAAACCGCAGCAGAUACCACCCCAAUCCCAAGACCGAUCGCUGGCGCCCAGGUUUCCCUACAUCGCGAAGCAAACCCUACCUCGAUCUCGACGACGUCCAUACCGACCCUCGUCGUCGUCGUUGUCUUCUCAGCCCAUUGCGACGCAGCAACGGUUCCCCGGAGACGGUAAAGCACGAGGCAGGUGCGCAGCUUGUCGCGGCCAUGGCGGAUGUAGAUAUCAAGGAGGAGCGUGAGGAUAGACGCGAUCGAGGUGGUUACCGCGGGGGAAAUAAUAAGAGGCGUCGUGAUGAUGAUGGCGGCGACCACUACCGCGGUGACGACCGUCGUGGACCACAGAAACGCCGUUACGAUGAUGCGCCACGCCGCCGAUACGAAGAACCGCCAUUCCCUAAGCUUCGAAGGCUCCUGCUGAACAUUGCAAGCUCUACCAAGCUGCCCCAGGAUGAGGCCAAGGAGAUUGCAACGUACCUUGGAGAACACUUCGACGAUGAGCGUCUACGUUCAGAUUUUUUCGAUGUCUUCGUUCAACUCAUCAUUGAGCAGCCCUUCAAGAUCCCUUUCAUCGCGGCAGUUGCCUUGUACGGAAACAAAGUCAAGCCAGAGAUCAUGGUAGAGGCCAUGAAGCGCGUUGGGGACCGAGCUCAAGAGGCUCUAAAUGCUGGCGAGUGGAAGGAGUUCAAGCUGGCUCUAAGAUUCUUCGCUUGCCUACAGUCACUGUACGAGGGAGACGGCGUCUUCACCUUCCUAGGACAAUUAUUCGACACAGUGGUGGACCUGCAGAGUGCCAAUGAAAAUGAUGUCGUCGGUAUCGAAAUCGUCAAGAUCAUCCUUCUCACAAUUCCGUACGCAUUGGUCUCCGGAGGAGAGCGCUUCCACGAGCACGCUGAACAGCUACUGAAGAACACUGGCAUCGUUGCAGACAACGUACUCCCGAUUGAAGGGUUGAUUCACUCCUACGUUGGUGACUUCGAGUCAAAGCCAGUCGACUACCACAGCGUCAUUGGACUCCUACAGGCGCAACUUCUAAAUGAAGCUGAGAAUGGCUUUGAAAUUCGAUGCUUGCCACGUUUGGAACUGAAUGUCCCGUCAUCGGAUGAGACCGCUGGGCAAGACUCAUUGCCCACCGCGCCUCAACUACAUGCCUUCCCGACCUUCACCAUUCCCUCGCCCGUCAACCCUGGUCCUCGACCUGUUUUCCCGGAAGCUUACUUCUCCCUUUUCGCUGAUCAGGAGGUCGACACUGUUCCCAAGACCACUGACAUUGCUUCGUCACUAAUCCGUGACGCCAUUGUUGAUACCAUCAACCAGCUCGACUUCAACCGCGAAAUGGUAGCCAAAUUUCUGGUCGAUGUUGACAGCUACUGGACGAUUGGCAUCUUUGCGAAGCGUGGUACUCCAUUCGACAAGUUCCGUGAACUCGUUGGAGACAAGAUCCAAUACAAGUCUGAAGACAUGAUCAUUGACGCAAUCUUCUCGCAGUUGUUCAAGCUGCCCAGCGCAGAACACAAGCUUGUCUAUUACCACUCUCUCAUCACACAGUGCUGCAAGGUCGCUCCUGCCGCUAUCGCGCCGUCGCUUGGACGUGGUAUCCGUACGAUUUACAAGAACUUGCCCAUGAUGGAUCUUGAGCUAGGCUACCGAUUCUUGGACUGGUUCUCGCAUCACUUGAGCAACUUUGAGUUCCGAUGGAGAUGGACUGAAUGGCUCGAUGAUCUCGAACUCUCAAAUCUGCACCCGAAGAAAGCCUUCAUCCUGGCGGUUCUCGACAAGGAGAUUCGUCUAUCGUUUGCAAAGCGAAUCCGAUCGACUUUGCCUGAGCCAAUGCACUCUUUGAUUCCCGAGCGUCUCGAUGCUGAUAACAGCCCUGACUUCAAAUACGAUGACCCGCAAACACCCUAUUCCGCCGAAGGCCAGAAACUUCUCCAGCAACUUAAGAAGAAGGCUCCUGCUGAAGAAGUUCAGAGCACCAUCGACAAGAUCCACGAGCAGGCUCUCGAGCAAGGUGUGGCCGAGGUCCUUGUACCUUCUACCGAUGCAUUUGUCACUGCGAUCUGUAGAAUGGGCGCCAAAUCACUGUCCCACGUCCUGUCCUGCAUCGAACGUGGCAAGGACCGCUUACUUGAGAUUUCUCAGAACGAGGUAGCCAGGCGGCAGAUUGUUGCUAGUGUGGUGGAGUACUGGAAAGACCAGCCAGGUGUUGCCGUUCGCAUCAUCGACAUCCUGCUCAACUACACCAUCCUUGCACCCAUGACCGUCAUCCAGUGGGUGCUUGGAAGCCACAUGGGAGCUGGUGAGGCUCUGACGGAGAGCUGGGUCUACGAGAUGGUUUCCAACACGGUCGCAAAGGUUACCAACCGCAAUCGACAGAUCGCCUCCGCCCGACUGCAAAAGGGCCUUCCUCAGGAGCAGAUUGAAAUGGUCGAAGCCACUCUAGCCAAGGACCGGGACAAUGCUCGCGAGCUCUUCAAGUACAUUGAAGAUUCGAUGCGCGGCGUGGCUGAGGGUUCUGCAGAUGUGCUGCUCGAGAAGCAAACUAGCGGCGCGCUGACAGAGGAAGAGGUCGAGCUCAUCAAGGCAUGGGGCAAGCGCUGGCACACCGUCUUCAUCCGCAAGGCUCAGGUCGAGGAGUCUGUGGUUGGCGAAGAAGCUGUCGAGGCGAGGGUCAGACUUCUUGCUGCAGAGUCAGAUGCUGCUGCGGAGAGCAUGGAUCAGGGUGGUGACGGUGUUGCCGAGGCUACCAAUGGCGAGGCGCAAAUGUCGGUCAACUAG